AUGGAUGAAGAAUAUGAUGUUAUCGUAUUAGGAACUGGAUUGAAGGAAUGUAUUCUGAGUGUAUUGAUGUCUAUAAGUGGCAAGAAGGUUUUGCAUAUGGACCGGAACAACUAUUAUGGAGCAGAGAGUGCUUCAAUGACUCCGUUAGAAGAUCUAUUCCGGCACUUUAAUAAAGAUGGCGAUGCUUCCAAAUACGGAAGGGGUCGAGAUUGGAAUGUUGACCUUAUUCCCAAAUUCAUUAUGGCAAAGGGUGAGUUGGCGAAGCUGCUGAUCCAUACAAACGUUACCAGGUACCUUGAGUUCAAACAAAUUGAGGGAAGCUAUGUGUAUAAAAAGGGUGGAAAAAUAUACAAAGUCCCAUCAAAUGACAAGGAGGCACUCGGUAGCAGUCUAAUGGGUAUCUUUGAGAAGCGACGUUUUCGCAACUAUCUUUUAUACAAUACCAAUUAUGACGAGAAGGAUGAUAAGACGCAUCAAGGGGUCGACGCCACCAAAUUUACCGCCAAAGAUUUGUACAAGAAAUUCGGUCUUGACCAAAAUACACAAGAUUUUGUUGGUCAUGCUAUAUCUCUAUAUCGAAAUGACGAAUACAUUACACAGCCUGUAUUAGAGCAGAUAAAGAAAAACCAGCUAUACUAUGAGUCCCUGUCUUCCUAUGGAAAAAGUCCUUAUUUGUACCCACUCUAUGGAUUAGGAGAAUUGCCUCAAGGAUUUGCCAGACUUAGUGCUGUCUACGGUGGUACCUAUAUGCUUGAUAAGACAUGCGAUAAAAUCGUUUGUGAAGAUGGCAAGGUAGUUGGAGUGAAAUCUGAAGGUGAAACAGCAAAGUGCAAGAUGGUUAUUUGCGACCCCUCAUAUGUACUCGAGAAAGUCAAGAAAGUUGGUCAGGUUGUGCGAGCCAUCUGUUUGCUGAAUCAUCCAAUUGCAAACGCUGGGAAUUCCUCUUGUCAGAUUAUUAUUCCACAGAAUCAAGUAAACCGGAAAAAUGAUAUCUAUGUUAGCUGUUUGUCGCAUACUGAGGCGGUGGCAUCGGAGGGCUAUUUCAUUGCUCUCGUGGCCACAACGGUAGAGACAGAUUAUCCGGAAGGAGAAUUGUCCCAUGGUCUAAAUCUAUUAGAACCAAUCCUUGAAAAAUUCGUUAGUGUAAGUGACCUGUACGAGCCCACGGACACCGGGGAGAAAAGUCGCAUAUUCAUUUCAUCCUCAUAUGAUGCCACAACUCAUUUUGAAACUACAUCUGACGAUGUAAAGGAUAUGUACAAGCGCAUAACAGGAGAAAACUUUGAUUUCAGUAAAGUCAAGAGUAACUUGGACGAUCAAAAUGAAGGUGAAGAAAAUCAAUAA